AUGCAUCUGCGUGAAGAAGAAGUGCAAUGGGCCCUAGGUCGAGUAAUCUCGCUCGCGUGUCAAGCUUCGCUUCGUUUCCAGUGUCAAGCCGGUCAGCUCGAGAUGUGGAACGCGUUAUUUGUCAUGCGAUCAGCCCACCCGCAGUCUAUUCGAGUACAGGAGGCCUCACUGCGUGCAAGUGAGUAUUUGUUUCGCAGCAACGAGGUUCACAUCACCAACCUUCGUCCACAACAAUACUUGGAUGAUCUGACUGGUGUCAUGGAUCGGUUCCUGCACAUUGAGACGCCACGAAGACGAGCGCACACACUUGUGGUGCUUGCUCUACGCGUGUUGGUCGCACUCUAUUCCUCUCCUCGUUCAAUGGCUCUAGUGUUAUUUACCGGUGAAAAUGCGAUGCAAGUAAUCGAGAAAUGGCUCCUUCACGCUGAGGUGAUGAAUGCAUUACUCGCCUCGCUUACGUUUAUUUUUGCUCUACCAGUCAAGACAUUCGAAAUCGAGUUACAAGUUGCACUAGUAUGCGGCCAAAAUCUGCUGAUUCUGGUGUGCUCAAUUAUCGACCACUACCACCACGUCAGCAAAGCCACAAGCACUGAGAAUGAGACUGUCAGGCUGGUACUGUUGGAGGCGAUUCGUGUUGUGCGACAGUGGAGUGAGCGCCCGAGCCUUGUGCCUCGAUUUGAAGCCUCGCGCAGCGUGAAGGACACGUUGCUGCCGCUCUUGAUAGAGCAAUUGCAGAUGCAGUCGAAGCAGUUGCCAAUCAAGCUCGAGAUUCUAACAAUUCUUCGGAAUCUCGCAGCGAGCCACGGUCUGCGCAGUGUGCUGGUCGGUUUCGAGAGCCUGCAGACGAGUCUCAAGUGGCUGUGCUGCCGUGGAGCUGCUCGGACCAGUGGUGACGCGCACAGUGAUGGCGAUUUGGAAGAAUUAGUGAUCCGUGAGGCUCGCAAUGUCCGUAAGCUUGUUUUUACAAGCCAGAGCGACGACGAACUCAAGACUCGAAAAGGGAGUGCGAUCGUAGUGUCUAAGGUGAAGACACGAAGGCAGGUGAAAACAGCACACGUGAAGCCCGAGACGUUGAGAGUAUACGGCUGCAAAAAGUAA